AUGGCUUCUCGCGGGCGGAGACCUGAGCUCCGCGGGCCCCCGGAGCUGUAUUACGACAAGAAUGAAGCCCGGAAAUACGUGCGCAACUCGCGGAUGAUUGAUGUCCAAACCAAGAUGGCUGAGCGGGCGUUGGAGCUCCUUUGUGUGCCUGAGGAUAAGCCCUGUUAUGUGUUGGAUAUUGGCUGCGGCACUGGGCUGAGUGGUGAUUACCUCUCAGAGGAGGGGCACUACUGGGUGGGCAUUGACAUCAGCCCUGCCAUGCUGGAUGAGGCCUUGGACCGAGACACGCAGGGAGAUGUGAUUCUGGGAGACAUGGGUCAGGGCAUACCCUUCAGACCAGGCACCUUUGAUGCUUGUAUCAGCAUUUCUGCAGUGCAGUGGCUCUGUAAUGCUAACAAGAAGUCUGAUGUUCCUGCCAAGCGCCUGUACUGCUUCUUCUCGUCCCUCUACUCUGUUCUGGUUAGUGGAGGCCGAGCUGUCCUCCAGUUGUACCCCGAGAACUCAGAGCAGUUGGAGCUGAUCACCACCCAGGCCACCAGGGCCGGCUUCACUGGCGGAGUGGUGGUGGACUACCCCAACAGCGCCAAAGCCAAGAAGUUCUACCUGUGUUUGUUUUCUGGACCUUCGACCUCUAUACCAGAGGGCCUGAGUGAAGAUACCGAGGAGGAGAAGCCUGCCAAGUCCACGUUCACAGCUGAGAGGGUCCCGUACAGGAUAGCAAGACGGGGGGUGGUGAGGAAGAGCCGAGAAUGGGUCCUGGAGAAGAAGGCACGCCGCCGGCGGCAGGGCAAGGAGGUCCGCCCUGACACCCAGUACACUGGCCGCAAGCGCAAGCCCCGCUUCUGA